AUGUCCACCUAUUCGGUUCCUUUCGACCUGGACCAGCCAGUUGUCGAAAGACGGCGAGCGGCGCCUUCUGAACGAUCAAUGCACAGGCGCCCGGGCCAUCCUUAUCCUCGUGAAAGUGCUACUGGUAGCACUAUUUCCUGUACAAAUUCUGAGUCCCAGAUCUCCGACUAUAUCACACCCGGGCUGUUAGUAUUCGACGACCUUGACAGUGUCCAGGGCGGUUCAGAAGGCAGAAGAAAAGGCAAACAGCGAGAGGUGCUGAAAGUAGAGCCGCAUACACCUGAUGAACGUGCCGCUCUCGAUUGGAUGCGCAGCAAGCUCGAAAUGGACAUGAUCACGGUCAAGGGCUGGUUACCGUCUACCACAGACGAAGAGAGGCUUGUGAUAGAGAUGUAUCUUAGAGAAGUUGUGGCCCAAGCUAACCAGAAGUAUCACUGCAAUAUCAUUUUCACAGAUCCUUUGGCCACCAGUCUGAUUCAAUCGCUUUCGUCAUGUCGUAGCAAGCUUGUCGAAUCGUUCAAGCCCUUUGCGUUGCAGUACAAUAUCAAGCCGCCAGACGAUUCUCAGUUGUCCGCCUCUGCCCGCCAAGAAUAUAUGAAAGAGCGUCGGUCAGUACUCUUUGAUUCGACGAAGGAAGGCCUCUUCACAAACUUCCUCCACGGUCACAAGAUCACUGGUGAUACCGUCGACCUUCUCAUGUUCGACAACGAAAAUUUGAUAGAGGGCCAUAUCCAAAAAUGGUACAAGGACACUAAAUCGCCGCUUUGUGAUGAGACUUUCAGGCGCAGUUUAACCACGACUCCAGUCAUGCUGUUGUCAUGGUCAGCGGUUGGGCUGCGAGUUGCAAUUGACAAAGUAGUCGAACCACGCAGUGCCCGCUUCAGCAGGAAGAAGUACGCUAGUUGGCACUCUGAUAUCAUAAGAGACAUGGAGCGUACCUCCGCACAUCCAGUCCACGGGACGCAGUUCAAGAGUCGUUUGUGCAAGCUCCACCUAAGAGGGAUGGAGGAAAUGACGAAGUUCUUACAAGACAACAAGGCUGCCAGAGUCGUCUAUAUACCCUCAUUACCAUCCGAAAUGUCUCAGUCUCUUGACUUGUUCAGGUCGAAGUUGAACCAUCCUAUCUCGCAAUCUUCCACUGCGCCCGCGCCAUUGCCAGUGCGCUCGGCAGGAGCUGAGCCACACUCGGAGAUUCCUUCCCAUUUCUCGCAAACACACACCUUCGCAGGAGGCUCCGAGUCACUGUUAAUGCCUCCCUUUGCAGACACGGACAACUCACUCACGGGCCCUUCCUACUAUUCACAACCCAUUGCCAGUUCGCAGUACCUCGGACACGAGAUGAGGUUUGACGUAGCGGGGUCGACGCACCAACUCGGGAUGCGACAAGAGAACUAUAACCCGCCCCUUCCCGUGCCUAGUCAGUCACAGGAAGGUGAUAAUCGGUCCUAUCACUUACAAUACUGA